AUCAGGAGAACAAGCCCUGGGACCUGGAGUUCACUAUUUCAAGAAACUGUAUACUGAAAUAAAAUGCUGCAUGAGUUAGAAAAAGAAAGGAUCCAGAAACACAUGGCCUGAUUGUUGGCAAUGACAUCGAUAAGAGGCUGGCAUUUCUUUCUGUUCUAACCAGCUACUUUAUAACUGUGAAUAGUAACUAUGUGUAUUUGUUGGUCAGCAAAAUCGAGGAACAAGAGCUAUGGCAGUUGAAAAAGCCUGUCUGAUUCCAGGUUAUUUUUCCUGGGUUUCAUCAUCAGGGACCUUCUCCUUUUCAUCUCAUCAACAAUGUGGUACCUUUUACCAUUCGAUAAAGAGUAAGGACAUGUCCACUGGUCAGCAAUCAGAACUUAAAAUCUGCUGGAAUAAGGUCAGAGACUAUUUCAAUUACAGCUGAGGAAAAUGAAAUUUCCAUUUUAUUCCGUGCCUUGUACAGGGAGCACACUAACUCUUACCAGAAAGGUGUGAGUGAAAAGAGAUUGAGUUUGUUUACUAGAAACUCAUGGUUAUGGCGAGUGACCCAACGUGACUAGAGGGGGCAAAAGCCACACAGGAACUCAUGACGGGCUAUACCAUGUUGCGGAAUGGGGGAGUGGGGAAUGGAGGUCAAACCUGUAUGUUACGGUGGUCCAACCGGAUCCGACUCACAUGGCUCAGUUUUACGCUCUUCAUUAUUCUGGUUUUCUUCCCCCUCAUUGCUCACUAUUAUCUCACCACUCUGGAUGAGGCUGAUGAGGCCGGCAAGCGGAUUUUUGGCCCAAGGGCUGGUAACGAACUCUGCGAGGUAAAGCAUGUGCUGGAUCUUUGCCGGAUUCGUGAGUCUGUGAGUGAGGAGCUCUUGCAGCUGGAAGCCAAGCGGCAAGAGCUGAACAGUGAAAUUGCCAAGCUGAAUCUGAAGAUUGAAGCCUGUAAGAAGAGUAUUGAGAAUGCCAAGCAGGACCUGCUUCAGCUCAAGAAUGUCAUUAGCCAGACUGAGCACUCUUAUAAAGAGCUGAUGGCUCAGAAUCAGCCCAAACUUUCUCUGCCUAUCCGGCUGCUUCCAGAGAAGGACGAUGCUGGUCUUCCUCCCCCAAAGGUCAUACGGGGAUGCCGGCUUCACAAUUGUUUUGAUUAUUCUCGUUGUCCUCUCACCUCCGGUUUUCCAGUCUAUGUAUAUGACAGUGACCAGUUUGCCUUUGGCAGCUACCUGGAUCCCUUAGUCAAGCAGGCUUUCCAAGCUACAGCACGAGCCAAUGUAUAUGUUACAGAAAAUGCAGACAUUGCCUGCCUUUAUGUGAUACUAGUGGGAGAAAUACAGGAGCCAGUAGUGCUUCGGCCUGCCGAACUUGAGAAGCAACUCUAUUCCCUACCACAUUGGCGGACAGAUGGACACAACCAUGUCAUCAUCAAUCUGUCACGGAAGUCAGAUACACAGAACUUACUAUAUAAUGUUAGUACAGGCCGUGCCAUGGUGGCUCAGUCUACUUUCUAUGCUUCCCAAUACAGACCUGGCUUUGAUUUGGUAGUGUCGCCACUAGUCCAUGCCAUGUCGGAGCCCAACUUCAUGGAAAUCCCACCACAGGUGCCAGUUAAACGGAAAUAUCUUUUCACCUUCCAGGGUGAGAAGAUUGAAUCACUGAGAUCCAGCCUUCAGGAGGCCCGCUCCUUUGAAGAAGAAAUGGAAGGUGACCCUCCAGCUGACUAUGAUGAUCGAAUCAUUGCCACCUUAAAGGCUGUACAGGACAGCAGGCUAGAUCAGGUCCUGGUAGAAUUUACUUGCAAAAACCAGCCGAAGCCCAGUCUGCCUACCGAGUGGGCACUGUGUGGUGAGCGUGAGGACCGCUUGGAAUUGCUGAAGCUUUCCACCUUCGCCCUCAUUAUCACUCCUGGGGACCCUCACUUGGUUAUUUCGUCUGGGUGUGCAACACGGCUCUUUGAAGCCCUGGAAGUCGGUGCUGUCCCAGUUGUGCUGGGGGAGCAGGUACAGCUUCCUUACCAGGACAUGCUGCAGUGGAAUGAGGCCGCCCUGGUGGUUCCCAAGCCACGCGUUACUGAGGUUCAUUUUCUGUUACGAAGCCUCUCAGAUAGUGAUCUGCUGGCUAUGCGGCGGCAAGGCCGCUUUCUCUGGGAGACUUACUUCUCCACCGCUGACAGUAUUUUUAAUACCGUGCUGGCUAUGAUUAGGACUCGCAUACAGAUCCCAGCUGCUCCCAUCCGGGAAGAGGCAGCUGCUGAGAUCCCCCAUCGGUCAGGCAAGGCGGCUGGAACUGACCCUAACAUGGCCGACAACGGGGACCUGGACCUGGGGCCAGUGGAGACGGAGCCGCCUUAUGCCUCACCCAAAUACCUCCGCAACUUUACAUUGACUGUCACUGAUUUUUACCGCAGCUGGAACUCUGCUCCAGGGCCUUUCCAUCUGUUCCCCCACACACCCUUUGACCCCGUGUUGCCCUCAGAAGCCAAAUUCUUGGGCUCAGGGACUGGAUUUCGGCCUAUUGGUGGUGGAGCUGGGGGUUCUGGCAAGGAGUUUCAGGCAGCACUUGGAGGCAAUGUUCCACGAGAGCAGUUCACAGUGGUGAUGUUGACCUAUGAGCGGGAGGAAGUGCUUAUGAACUCUCUAGAGAGACUGAAUGGCCUCCCUUACCUGAACAAGGUAGUGGUGGUAUGGAAUUCGCCCAAGCUACCGUCGGAGGACCUUCUGUGGCCUGACAUUGGCGUCCCUAUCAUGGUGGUCCGUACUGAGAAGAACAGUUUGAACAAUCGAUUCUUGCCCUGGAAUGAAAUUGAGACAGAGGCCAUCCUCUCUAUUGAUGAUGAUGCUCACCUUCGCCAUGAUGAAAUCAUGUUUGGGUUUCGGGUGUGGAGAGAAGCACGGGAUCGCAUUGUGGGUUUCCCUGGCCGUUACCAUGCAUGGGACAUUCCUCAUCAGUCCUGGCUCUAUAACUCCAACUACUCCUGUGAGCUGUCCAUGGUGCUGACAGGUGCUGCCUUCUUUCACAAGUAUUAUGCCUACCUGUAUUCUUACGUGAUGCCCCAGGCCAUCCGAGAUAUGGUGGAUGAAUACAUCAACUGUGAGGACAUUGCCAUGAACUUCCUUGUCUCCCACAUCACUCGGAAACCCCCCAUCAAGGUGACCUCUCGGUGGACCUUCCGAUGCCCAGGAUGCCCUCAGGCCCUGUCACACGACGAUUCCCACUUCCAUGAGCGGCACAAAUGUAUCAACUUCUUUGUCAAGGUGUAUGGCUAUAUGCCCCUACUUUACACUCAAUUCAGGGUGGACUCUGUGCUCUUCAAGACCCGCCUGCCCCACGACAAGACCAAGUGCUUCAAGUUCAUCUAGGGACACUGCAAGUGCCGGGAAGAGGAUGAACAGAGUGGGGGAGAUGGCUUCUACGGUUCCUAGACGUUGAAGGACCCCAGGGACAUCCGCUGGGUGGGUGACCCAAACCCUCUACGGGAAUGGAGGCGGGAAGAGUGGAAAGGAAGUAGCCUUCUUCCUCUUAAAGUCGGCCACACUGGGCCUGGAACCCUGGUCAGAGGACUCGGGGGUUCCCUACACAGGGCACUGACUGAUAGCUUACACUGAGGACAAUGGGGACUCCGGGGAGUCGCUCACGCAGUUCAUAAGUCCAGGACAGCUGGUUUGUGGUUUUUAAAUUCAGUAACAACUAUUAUUAUUAUUUAAAAGGA